UGGAAAUAUCUUGAUAAACGAAGACAAAAACUUAUCAAUAUUUGGCAGCAUUAAAAUAGGUGAUUUAGGAUUAAGUAAAUCAGCUACUGAAGCUGACGUUAAUGAAACUUAUGGGAUCAUUCCUUAUAUGGCACCAGAGGUUCUUCAAGGGCAAAAAUACACCACAGCUUCAGAUAUUUAUAGUUUUGGCAUGAUUAUGUGGGAAUAUAUGACAGGAAGAAGACCUUUUUGGGAUCGUGCUCAUGAUACUGAGCUGAUUAUUGAUAUUU